AUGACAAAGACUUCUGCAGGCAUAUACCACUUCCUUGUUUUGAGCUGGUAUAUUUUCCUCAGUUAUUACACCCAAGAACAAAUAAAGAAUAACGAGAAACUCAAAACCGUUCUACGUUGUGGACGGUGGAGGUACUUGAUGCUCUUUAAUCUGGUCGCCUUCCUGGAUGAUGUGCUAAGAAUCAAAGGGAGAAAAGACAUUAAGAUCAUAGCUGCCUUCGGAGACCUGCUUUUCACCGUACUGGCUUUCCCUGUAACCACAUUUGUAUUUUUGACAUUCUGGACCAUGUUUCUCUAUGAUCUUGAUCUCAUUUACCCACUGCCUCUACAUGAAAUCUUUCCAGGAUGGUUGAAUCAUGCAAUGCACACUCUCACACUGCCCCUCUCACUGGGAGAGGUCAUCCUGAGGCCACAUCGCUACCCAUCAAAGAAGACAGGACUCACCUUGGUGUUUGUUGCUGUCAUUGUUUACUUCAUCAGAAUCUUAUGGUUCUACUUGAAGAUGGGUGUGUGGGUGUACCCCGUGUUUGCCAAACUCAGCCCGGUGGGUCUCGCAGCUACCUUCUCUCUCGGCUAUGUCGUGAUCGCCAGCAUCUACCUCCUUGGAGAGAAGCUCAACCGCUGGAAAUGGGGUGACGGGAGGCAGCUGCGGGAGAAGAGGAAGUGA